AUGCAUGCUCAAUUAUUAACAGGACUUAUUUUGACAGAAAUUAAGAAUGUAUCAAAUUCUUUACUUCGAUUAUUAUGUUUUUCUAUUCCAAAAGCACAUGAUGAAAUGUGCGAAAAAUUAGAGAAAAUGAUUGAUGAUGAAAAUUUACGUUUUGAUUUUACGAUUAAACAUAUUAUGGAUAAAAUUUAUUUACAAUGGAACUAGGAACAUAUCCAUUGUAAUUGUCAAUUCCAUCCUAUAAACGGUGGUAAUCGUUUAUAUGAAAUUUACUCGACAUGGGAUGACGAAUGGUAUCCUCAUUAUUCUAAUGAAAUUGAAAAUAUUAUUCGUCCUAAUAUUUAUUCUCGAUUGCAAUCAUUAGUUUUACCAGCUACUUCACCUAAAUUGACACAACUCAUAUUUCGUGGUGAAUUUUCUCGUUUGAAAAUAUGUCAUCUUGGUAGAUGCGAACCAAUCAUUUUUUCAUUAUCAAUGACUAUUCAACAGCUAAAUCUUCGUCAAUUAACCGUACGAGAACAAAAUGGUCAUGAAUUAGAAAGAAUUUUAUUGGCUUGUUCUUCUUUAGUGUAUCUUGAUUUCUCAUGUGAUGAUGUUAUUCCUCCAUUUGUUAUCAGAAACCGUAGUUUUCCAUCUAUGAAAUAUCUUCGACUUGGUCGACUUCAAAAAUUUUUUUUCACAAUGGAGAAUUCGAUUUUCUUCUCUCAAUCUUUCCAAAUCUUUCACAAUUUCAUUUAA